AAACCAAGCAAAGAAGAGAAAGAGACAGAGAGUCGUCGGCUUGUUCCCGGAGAGGAAAACCUCGCCGCCGGCAUCGACCGGCCGCCCCCGCCGUGACAGGUGAGAAUCGCGGCGCGUUUCUCGCUGCUUGCUUCGCCCGCCCGUUGUUCCCCUGGUCCUAAUCGGAAGCUGCCGCGCUGCGCAGUAGACGCGCGCAUAGCUGCUGCGGAAGCCAUCGAUCGAUUCCUCAAUCCCCAGCACUUGUUACCGAAUCGCCCGACCCAACUUGGAAUUCCUAGGUUUCCAUCUCCCCCCGAGAGCUCCGGACCACCGCGCGAGCAGGAACCAGAAGGGUAAUGGACAGAGGAGGCGACGGCUCUGAUCUGGAGCUGCAGAAGCAACAAUGGGCGAGGACGCAGGAUGCGCUCAAGGGCAGGCUCGUUCUCGAGGAUGAUUUCGAGUGGUCUUUACCUUCGGUGAGCUCGAACUCGGACCAGAGUGAUGCCAGGGGCAAGCUGAAGUAUAUAGGUGGGGUUGACAUUAGCUUCCUCAAAGAAGACCCUUCCACGGCGUGUGCCGCGGUGGUGGUUCUGGACGCCGAUGCCUUGGAAAUCGUCCAUGAGGAGUUCGAUGUUGUCCGGAUGCAAGUGCCGUACAUUCCUGGUUUUCUUGCUUUCAGAGAGGCUCCCAUUCUUCUUGGACUCCUGGAGAAGUUGAAGAUCAAUGCUCAACAUUUCUACCCUCAGUUACUCAUGGUUGAUGGAAAUGGGUUACUCCAUCCACGAGGUUUUGGUUUAGCAUGUCAUCUCGGUGUCCUUGCAGACCUGCCGACCAUCGGAGUUGGAAAAAAUUUGCACCAUGUGGAUGGUCUUGACCAAUCUGAAGUCAGAAAACAGCUUGAAGGAAAAGGAAACUGCAAUAAGGAAUGUAUUUCAUUGACUGGGCAGUCUGGGACGACAUGGGGAGCGGCAAUGUGUUCAUGCCCUGGUUCAUCGAGGCCAAUCUACAUCUCAGUUGGUCAUCGCAUUUCGCUUGACUCUGCCAUUGGGAUAGUGAAAUACUGCUGCAGAUAUCGUGUUCCAGAGCCUACACGCCAGGCUGAUAUACGAUCGAAGAGACCUACAUAGACAACGUUGAGAUGGCUUCAACUUUUCUCUCUGUCAUUUGCAAGAUCCUUGUCAUUGCUGUAGUUUGUGCCGCCCUCCUUUUCUCAUCAGGAACGGCGCAGUACAUGUGCAUGGGCAAAUGCGCGGACAUACCCGACUGCGACAACUACUGCAAGACGAAGGGAGUGUACCCCAAGGGAGGGGUGUGCCUGCCCCUCCACCAUUACUGCUGCUGCUACAUUUAGCGGGGUCGGAGGACGUCCCCUUUCCGGCUUUCCCCAUGAAUUUUUGUUAUCAGUCCUCGAUGGCACCUAAAUAAAAUGGAAACACUUUUAUGAAAUUUUAGGGAACUCGCGAUGUUUCUUUAGAAAAGGAGGAUGACCCCCGGCCUCUGCAUCUGGGCGAUGCAUACGGCCAUUUUAUUAAUUAUUCU